UUUGCGAGAUGAGGGUUGGUUGAAAGGACAGGUUUGGAGUAAAUUUUUAAAACUUCUUUUCUUUUUUGAAGUAUUGCAAAGUCUAUGGCCUUAAGCUGUUAUUUAUAUGCAACCAUGUAAGGGGACAUGUCUCUACUAACAACGUGUAGAAGUCUGAAAUAUCUAAGAUAAACAUUUAAAUGUAUGGCUACUUUAUUGCAUUAAGAUUUACAUUUACAGAGCUGACAUGAGCAAGCAAUGAGCUGGUGUUAUAGAGUAGAUUUUGCAUUAUCUGUAGACUGCAAACAUCAUUAGCAAAAUGUGAUUGCCAAGAGAUUGUGCUUAGGCAUUCGUAUUUAUGUCUGAGUUCAAGCUUUAAAAUGCCUCAGUCGGACUUCAGAACGGUACAUUUAAGCUGGAGAUGUAUAAGAUUAAGGUUUAAGAAUGUUCACACACAGUUUUGUUUCUGAGAAGAAAGAUAAAAGUGCUGGCGAAUCAUGCUGACUCCUCGUAGAGGAAGGUUUCACAUGUGUACUCAUCACAUUUUUUUUGGCUAUGAAAAAUCUUCCUCUACAUCACACAACCGAUACUGAUCCGUCAGCCUGAGCCUGAGAGGUUCGAGCGGAGUUCAACCUUAAAUUUGGCUCGCAACUUAGUCCACAAUCCCUAGAAAUACCGCCUUUAAUGGAGAACACAGCUCAGUCAUUAUGGCAAUCAAUUAUCAUUAGAAACAGUUCUCUUCCACUUAAUGUCCUGUGACAAAAUAAAGCUUUUUAUGUUCUAAUAGCCGGGAAAAGUGAGGAGGUGUUGAAACAUGUAUUUCAUUGAAAUGCUGCGCAAAAUGUUAAAUAAGUCACUGACUCAAUGACACAUUUUAAGGGGAAGAUGUUGACUUUUAUGGCACAUUGAGAAAUACUUUAGGCUGUUUCAACACCUUAGUAUGUCCAGUGGAAAUUUUGGACAGAGAUCUUUUUUCAUGUCAUUGUGGAAUAACCAACAUUUUCCUCAUAUUCAGUCAAUUUCACAGCUUCAAAGCUCUGGGUCAUUGGCUUCGGGAUAACAUGCCAGGACUGUUGAUUUCCUUAGGAAUGAUUUUUAUGUAGUAGAAAGUUGUCUGUAUUUUAGUCACAAAUGCUUCAUGUAGAGUCCAGAAAAUAGUGACAUGCACUUGGUAAGAAAUAAAGAUAAAUUGGCUAUGAGCUCACCUAACCCCACAAACCUCAACGAUCAAAAUGUAAAAUUACUUUUUCUACAACUUGAUAAAGCCAUGAAUUUUGAACUGAAGGAAUGAUCUACUGGAAGAAAAUGCAUAAAAAAAAUGUACAUAGUAUUUCUCUUACAUUGACAGCACUUACAGCAGGAAAACAUAAAGGGCAAUAACAGGAAUCAAAAGGUUUGAAAUUGUUUUGGAAAAAAAAAAAGACUGUCGGGGCACCAGCAAAUGUGUUGGUUAUAUGCAAUGAAGCCUGAACACCUCAAGCAAAUGAGUGGAAAUAUUUUCUCAUCAUGAAAAAAAGAGAGAGCGAGGUUCUAUGUAAUAGAAAACAUCAUUUUUUUUAUUACCUGUAUGACUUACAUAUCAUAUUUGAUUUGAAGCUUCAGCAGAAAUUGGUUUGACCUUUAAAAUAUUCUCAAUAUCAUCAAAACCACAGGAGAAAAAAAAAAACACCCACGUAAGUCUAUGGUUCCUCAGGAACUGUAGCAUAUAAAAUGAAGCUGGUCACACUGUCAAAGCCUCAUCAACAGGAACGGCAACAUGCACACCAUGGUGAGUAUUCUCACAGACAAUAGUAUUGUUUCACCUCAUACAGAGGCAGCUGCAGGAUUUAGACGUAUUGUUUUACAGCUAGUUUCAUGUAAAAUCUCCAGAAUUUUAACUUAAAAUAACUAAAAAUUUUAAUUUAAUUUAAUUUAAUUUAAUCUGACAUAAUGUGUCACUAUAGGAACCUCUGCCAUUAGUUGGAAGCUAACUUUGUUCAGUUUUAAAGUGACAUUCCUGUUUUCAACUCUCACUCACUAGUAGAGACUGUUUAAGUUUUUUUUCUUGAAAAAGGGAAAUUGUGUUUGAACACUCAGCUAAUUCAAGAAGAGUGCUGGUUGUAAAAGCAGCUAUAGUGGUAAAAAAAAAAGGUAUUUAUGUACUCAGGCUGCAGAACCAGACAUUUCAAUAACCUGCCUCCUUUCCUCAGCUCAUCUUACCGGUGCUGUUCCUCAUCUCAAACAUCCCCCAUGGUGAGGCUGAUCCCACCUAUGAGCGCCAUAACCCGCUGACAGGCGAGAUCAACCUCUGUACCAUGUGUCCUCCUGGCACGCACAUGACCUCCCACUGCACUGCCACCUCACCCACAAAAUGUGACCCAUGCAAAAAGGACCACUACACUGAGCUGUGGAACUACCUGCCCAGGUGUUUGUACUGCGGCACCAUCUGCCAGGACAACAUGGAGGUGGAGACUGAGUGCUCAGCGUUUGGAGAUAGGGUGUGCCGAUGCAAAGAGGGCUACUACAUGAUCCAUGACUUCUGUGCCAGGCACUCAGAGUGUGAGCCUGGGCAUGGUGCUCACACCGAAGGUAGGAUGGAUAAAAGAUCAGCUUAUUGGUGUCAUUGCUAUAAUGCUAUCACAUUUUUAAUCCCACAAGUUAAUCAUAUUUUCAAGACUCCCACAAUCAGAUCUGAUUUUAAGGUUAUUCAGUCCAUAUUUCUGCAAUUCACAAAUGCUUUUCACCCUGUAUUUUCUGCAGGUACUCCACGUAAGAACACUGUCUGUCGAAGAUGCUCAGAGGGAACCUUCUCAAACUCAUCCUCAGCAUCUGAGCCAUGCAUAAAUCACCAGACAUGUGCCAGUGGACAGGCUGUCCUCAUGCCUGGCUCCAUUUUCCAUGACACAGUGUGUGGCUCCUGUGAGGAUCUUGCAAACAAUAGUGAGUAUUUGGGCUUCGUUCUUCCUGGUUUUUAUAUCUUGUCCUCCUCAGAUUUAGAAAAGAAAAUUGAAUUUUAUUCCUGUCAAGAGUUUACUCAGGCAGCACAUCUUUGUUCCUCAGGUGAGACCCUCAGGAGGUUUCUCAUUGGCUUCCUCAACGAGCACAAAAUGCCAGCGCCAAAAUUGAGGAAACUUAUCUCAAAGUAAGCUCACACUAUGACUCUCUCUGAAAAAUAGCCCUCCCCUCUUCUCAUCUAUUGAUAAGCUCAAAAAUGUAUUCUGAAAACCAUCAUUUUCCUCCCAUAGGUACAUUCGUAAGUCGGUAGAGAGAAGGAGACCCCUGCACAGACGUCCUCUCACGAAUCACGUCACAGCUUGGCUGGCAGAAGCAACACAAGAGCAGCUGAUAGAGUUUCCAGAGAUGCUGAAGGCUGCACAGCUCAACUCCCUCACACGAAAACUAGAAAUGAGACUGGAGGAGCUCAGGCAGCAGAGUCCAAACUGUCACAUACCCCUGAGUUUUGUUUGAAGAGACUGACAGAGUUCAUGGCAGAAACUGGACAGAUAGGCUACCUCCUUCUUUUAACUGGAACUUUUGUUUACUCUGAAAAAAAAGAAUUUUCUAAGUUGAAUGUUUACAUUGAUUAUAAAAAGGACUGACAUGUACAAUCUGGAAAGGUUGUGAUGAACAAAACGCAAGAAAAAAAUAAAGAAGCUAUGACUGAAAUGAA